UUGCUAUCACACAGGUGGGAAGAGACGGAGGUGCUGCUGCACCACAUCCAAAAUAAAGAUGUGCGUGAGUUGAAGAGACUUGGUGGCAUCAUGAAACUGCGGUCGUUCUGCAAAACCGCUCGUGAUGCGGGGUAUUUCUGGGCGUGGAUGGAUACAUGCUGCAUCAAUAAGAGCAACAAUGUCGAGCUUGGAGAAUCGGUCCAAUCCAUGUUCGUCUGGUACCGUCACUCG